AUGGACUUCACCCGCAGCCGCGGAUUUGAUCUGUCGGCGCAUGCGGCCAGGGUGAGCCUUCUCAAUUUCAUGCAGCGGUUAAAGCAUGACGAGAACCCCUAUGGCAUCCACUACGACACUCUGCAAAUCGGACUCGGAUGGCAGAGUACAGUCACCGUUACCUGCGAAGCCGUCGAUGGGCAGAGCGGAUGUCAAUAUGAGUGGAGCGGCAAAUCCUUCAGGGGCGAGGUCGCCCCCAACAAAGCUGGUGCAGAAGAUAGUGCGGCCAGUUGUUUCGUCAACGACCCCCAGGUGCAAGCGACAGCUGCAGGCCUAGAGCCGGCAAAGCGACGUGUUGAUGCUUGCCACUCGCAGUGGAACAUGGAAAAAUCUCGCAAGAAGCAGAGGCAGUGA